AAUUAAUAGUUUAAUAAUUUUGAUGUUGAACAACAUCCAAUUAUUUUAACUGCGUGUGGAUUCAAUUUGAGUUCAAGUCCAUAUCCUGAGAACUUAUACGUACAACACUUGGUGGAGAAGCUCUUUUGAGCGUUGGCAUAUUUUGUUUAUUCGAUAUUAGAGGAAAAAGGUUCACCAGGAAGAAUGAAUAAAAGAUUUGAAAAGCUUAGUGAUGCCGAGCUACGGGAACAGCUCACAGCUCUAGGAUAUCCUAAAAUACCCAUUACAGAGACAACACGUGGUUUAUUAAUAAAUAGACUGUACAAAACGGCCAAACCGAUUGUCAAGCCAACAAAUAAUCAAUUUGUCACACAGCCCUAUACAAAUUUUGCUCCGACUAAGCGAAAUAGACUGCAUGAUGAGUAUGGAAAUAUACCUUCAACUGAUCAAGCUACAUCCGGUAAUCGCUAUACAAUACAUUCUCCGACUGCAUAUUAUACUGAACCAAAAUGUUAUCAAACUUUUAAAAAGUAUUCACCAGUGUCCGUGAGUGGAGGCCAACGCAUGGAUCAAAAUUUUCCCGUCAGUGAUUACACGAUUAAUAGUUCGCCAGAAAUGAAUAUUUCUCUUUCUACGUGCACAGAGCAACAGUCACAUUUAGGUGUUGUAAACAGAUUAUUAAGUUUCCGCGACAAAACUUUUCGAAAGCAAAAAGUCGGUGAAAAUCAAUUACAAUCCAUUUUAUCAUUGCCCAAGAAAACAAACAAAUACCUAAGUAAAUCAAAGCGAACGAUGUAUGAUUUUAUAUCUUAUAUCAGUAAUCAGUCUCGACUAAACCAAAGCUUUAAACCAUAUCUGUUAGUUGGAACAUUCGUAAUUUUCUUUAUAUGUCUGGCUUUUGUUUACAUAUUUCAAAGUCCAAAUAAUUUGCAAAUUGAAGCGGCAAGUCAAAUUCCGAAAUGUAAUGAUGAAUUCGGUAAAGGAGAUUGCGUCCCCGCAGUGCAUGUAGAUACCGCUAUUAAUUUAACAAAGGAAAUGGGGAAAAUGCUUCAACUUCGAUCUAAAAAGUAUCGCUGCAGCAACAAAAAGGUCGUAAUUGGUGAAACAGAGUUCAUAAAAUAUAUGGAGGCAAUUGGAUACCAUCAUAAGAUGCAUAUAUGGAGAAGAAAUUUACUUUUUGUCAAACUGCUUAUAAAGCAAAACCCUCAGUGGAAAAUUGAAACCAUUCAGGGAGAAGAUGUCAACUACGCCUUGUCGAUUAAAAACCCGUUAUUUUGCAUUUUUUACACAAAAAUUCAAAGUUUCUUUUUGAUUAUUGGCAUAGGUGCUAUAAUUGCCGUAUUAACAUGGCUAAGUUUCACCAUAUAUCGUUACAUAAAGGCCUGGCGAGUGAAUCGUUUUAAUAUUGUUGAACAGUUUACGACAGAUAUUGUAAAUGAACUUAUUUAUAGAGCGUCGCUUAGUGAGACUCCAGAAGAUCGUGAGAUUAUCAUAACUCAUCUACGAGAUAAACUAAUACCUUUAAAUAAGCGUAGUGCUCACUUAAAAUUUUGGGAAAAAGCGUUGAAGCUCUUGGAGGCAAACGAUAGCCGAAUACAAUUUGGAGUAAGAAUUUGCGAUGGAGAAGAAUACCGAACUAUGAAAUGGCUAGGUAAUGCAAAUUUUAAUUCACGAGCAAAUGGUUUACUUAAAAAAUGGCAAAGCCCAGCGUUUGAUUACGCUAAUAAAAUCGUAAAUCCACCUACGUCAUGUUUAAAAAUUCGUCACAUGUUUGAUUGCUCAGAAGCAAACAUCCCAAAUUUAAAGCAAAUUAUAGAAGCAGCUCUAAUAGAAAAAGUGGGAUCUCGUUGUUGCAUUCAAGACAUCCAGAUUGAUAAGCAGAGUUGCUGCGUUUAUGUUCGAUGUGGCAGUGUGGUUGAUGCUGGUUUAAUCCAUAAUGAAAUAAAUGGCUGGUGGUUUGACAAACGUUUAAUCUCUAUUAAAUUCUUACGGCUACAACGCUAUUUGGCGCGUUUUCCGAACAGUACAAACUCGGCUCCAAUACUAAAUCAAUAAGCUUUCUAGAUCAUAUUUUCUAAAACCUUUGAAAGAGCACAUUUUAAUUAACUCAUUUUCCAAAUUGACUAUGAAUAAUUCUACUCAAAGAUAAUGUGAUGAAAGAGGACAGAUGUUCCUUACUAAUUAAGAAAAUAUGCUAGCUUUUAUUUUUAAAUAAAUGUAUUGUAAUUAAGACA